AAUGACCAAUCGACUGGCCGAAGUGCUCUCUAUAUAAGCAGCUGCAACAUGAGAGGUGUUAUUAUUUCAUUAGUGUGUCACGGGGUCACUGUUACAUUGCUAUGGAAACGUCUAAAAACGAAGACUCGGGCGUGUUGCGAGCGAAGCACUCGUACAAUCCUCGUUACCAUGACGAACUGGCGCUCACAGUUGGGGAUGAGAUAGCCGACAUCAAAGACGUCGGCAACGGUUGGGUUGUCGGCCACAACAAGACCACGGGCAAUACUGGACUGUGUCCGAGAGAGUACCUGCACAGUGCUGUGAGGAGAAGCACUAUGGUCAACAUUAUGCACAGGGUGUCGAGCAUUUACACGCAUAUGACACAAAACGUUAUGCCACCAAAGAAAAGCGACCAGAUGGCGCUGACGUCUAUUGGAGGAAGCAGCGACACGCUUGACAUUGAAAUGUUCAGCGACACUUUACCGGAGAAACAGAUGUCUGUCGUCCAGGUGUUCGUCCGGGUGAUGUGUGGAGUCCUGUCGAGUCUGUUCCUCGGGGGGCUGAUAUUUGCAGCACUGUUAUACAUAUACAGGUUCACACUCAUUCAGUCCGGAGCAAUAGCAGGGGGGAUAACCUUCCUCAUGGGCAUGUUCCUGAUUUUCUCCCCAUACGUCCGCUGUGUGGCAGCACUGAUGUCAGUCAGCGUGUUUACAAGUCAAGGACGGGCUGCCAUCUUGACCCUCAUCCCUGGACUUCUUCUAACUGGGCCAAUAAUGAACAUGCAAAGAAACAUCAACGAGGGAGCAACAUCUGUUGGCUGUGUAGCAGAGGUUGUUAUGAACCAAACACUGGCACUCCACAACCAGAUCUUAGACUCCGUAACCAUGCAACGAGACAACCUGGAGAAUGCAGUCAAAGAAGCGGAGAACCUCACCUUCACCUCGACUGGUCCAGAUCUGAACACUACAGAUGGUCUACCCACACCCACGCACAGCAACGAAAGUGUUAUAGAGUGCCUUAGCCGCAUGGAGCAAAUUAAAGAAAGAUGCACCAAUGUGACGAAGUUGCAGAAGGAGCCGAACAUAACAGUCCACAAACUCCCAUGCAGCAAACUACUAGUAUUUGGAAAGAAAUGCAAAGAAGUGGAGAUAAAGCCACCAAAGACGGACGCCUUCUGCACUUCUCUGGAAGGAAUAGAGGAACUCUGCUACCCUUCAAGCCGAUCUAAAAGAAGCAUCUCGUCAAUUAGGAAUGGAUUGAAAGGCCUUUCUGACAAGUUUAAUGUCAGAUUGAAUAGUACCAAGGUUGUGGACAUCAGAGGGAACACUUCCUUUAACCUUGUCCAGAGGAUAGAAGACAUAAAGAAGGAAGUGCAGAGGAAGAUGGACAAGGUGGUACACGUCUUCGGCAUCAUCAAUAAACUCCUCAUCAUCUUUGUUCUUCUUGCCUUUGUCAGUGCUGGGAUCUACCUAAAAAAAUUCCUUCGGAAGAUCAAGUUUGACAACGUCUAUAUCACCUCCCAGCUGAAGAAUCUUGAUAAGCAGCUGAGGGCAACGGGCAAAGAGAGUGCUGUUCUCCCUCUUCUGAAACGAGAGAGGAGGAAGUAUAUCAAUUCAACGUCGCUGAAAUUAGUCGACUCUGAAUCUUUCGCGUGGAAAGUUGGCAUGUCUCAAGUUGUCCUCCACAUCAUCAUAGCUACUAUCAUCCUCCUUGUAGACUACGGAAUCUUCUACGUCCUAAUGCUUGUAAAGGAGAACGGAGGUGUUGAUAUAGCGUAUUCUGGCGGUGCAACAUUAGCCGUUGAUGUGGAGGGUUCUCAGCCCAUAGCGAUCUUCUUUAAGACCAUUCUGGAGAGCUUGAGCACCUCAAACGCUUUCAAUAAUACUUUCAGCUUUGAGCAGUGUCUUCCAGAAGCUUCACAGUCUCCAAGGAACAUUCUGUAUCUGAUACUAACUCUCUACACACUGGUCAUCCUGUUCGUAUUGCUACAGUCUUAUGGGCUUCGACUGAGACGCAAGAUUGCCGCUUUCUUCUUCCCAGAGAGGGAGAUGGAAAGGGUCAGUUUUCUGUGUCGCCAUAUUUUGCUGAAAAGGAAAAUGAGAUCGGCAGAGAGGGAUGUACACAGUCUCAAGGAAUGGCGGAGAUGGUUAAGUCGAAAGGGAAGGAAAGCCAGUGACUGUAAGACAAGAUCAUCACACGAUGCCAGUCCGAGUCAAACUGGGAGCUACACAGGAGGCACCAUGAGCGGGCUGAGAAGAUUUAGCCGCAAACCUGAAGGCAGGGCGUGUGUGUAUCGUGUGAAACAUCAGUAUAAUCCAACCAAACAAGAUGAGCUCCAACUGGGAAUCGGAGAUGAACUCCGCAACAUCAAAGACGUCGGGAACGGCUGGGUGGUUGGGUACAACACGACCACGGGGAAAACUGGACUAUGUCCGAAAGAUUACCUGCAGAAAGGAGGGAGCGGAAGAGGCCAGAAAAUGCACUCGUGCGUUGAUUGGCAUAUUGGUGGGCCUGUUUUUGGAUGCGUGAUGUUUGCAGCUCUUUGUCUUUCGUAUCGCUACUCGUUUGUGGAAGGUGCAGCAAUAUCAGGGGGGAUCACUCUGGUGAUGUGCGUCUUCCUGGUUAUCUCCCCUCAUGCCCGCUGCGUGGCAGCACUGAUGUCAGUGAGCGUGUUUACAGGUCAAGGUCGCACUGCGUUUCUGUCUCUAAUACCUGGCCUUCUCCUUGCUGGACCGGUGAUAAACAUGCACAGGAACUUAAACGAGGCCGCAUCGUCUGUAGCCUGCAUAGCAGAAGUGGUCCUCAAUCAAAGUCUCGCCCUACAUCAUCAGCUUCUAGAACCAAUUGCUAAGCAACAGAAGAGCAUUGAAGAAGCGGCGGAAGUGGUUGAGAGAAAAGCAUCCGCUAUUCGAUUGGCCUUGACAUCCUUCAGGACGGAAGUCAACAAUAUUGAGGAGUCGGUUGUUGAUGCCAACUCGUCAAAGGGGUGUGCUGGUCAACUGCAGUUCAUGUACGCAGACUGUAAGCAAACAAUACAGGACUCCAUCAAGGUCUGUAAGGCUUCGGCAGGAACGGGCGCUUCUCGAAGUAGAGGCCAAUCAAAUGGAAGGAACAAUGACCCGAGUAACAGCCAAGGGCAGCCCACAGCACAGGCCUUCAUCUUCGGUAGAAAAUGCGACCCUUCACUGUGUGACUCGAUCAAGUCAAAGUCCAUCUGUGACCCACUGAAGGAAUCGAAUAUCUGCAAGUGGGCAAAUAACACAGUGAUCAAGUCCAGCGCCAAGACAGUCACAGAAAGGUUUGACGAGAUCGACGAGCUUCUGGGUUUCAGCAUUAACAGCUCCAGUGUCAUCGACGUCAGAGGCAACACUUCAAGUGACCCUAUUCAAAGAGUCCGGGAGCUGAAGAGGAGACUACAAGAGCAACUGGACUUUGCUGUCUUCAUCUUCAAGAUCCUCAAUCGGAUCCUCAUCAUCUUCCUCAUCUCGGCCUUCAUCAAAGCCUGCCUCUAUGUCAGGCGAUAUCUUCGCAGUCUCAAAUUUGACAACAUUUAUCUCCGAGAUCAAAUCAAGUAUCUGGACGAACACAUUCGGGCUGAGGACGAAAGUAAAGCCUUAUAUCCACUGAAAGAUGUAGAAAAGAAGAAAUACAUUAAUUCCUUAACCCUCAACCUUAGCCGAUUGGAAUCUCUGUCAUGGACGAUGGGAUUGACGCAGGUGAUGCUGCACAUCUUUCUGUCAGCUGUGGUGAUACUUGUCGAUUAUGGACUGUAUUAUGUUCUCAUAAUCCUUCAAAGAAAUGGAGAUGUGGAUUUUCUUGUAACAGGAGGAGUAUGGCUACAGGUAAAUGUUAGCGGAUCCGGGCCUUUCGCUGACAUGUUUAGAACAGUUGUUGAAGGCAUCAGCGUUUCGAAAUCGUUUGAGGAUGUUCUGAACUUCAAAAGAUGUCUUCCGUCUCCUACUGAGCAACCGAGGAAAAUUCUUUACUUACUUAUCUCCCUUUACUCCCUCGUGUUGGUCUUUGUUCUCCUGCAAGCGUAUGGACUGAGGCUUAGGCACAAAAUGGUGGCGUUCUUUUUCCCCGAGCGCGAGGCAGAACGAAUUCACUACUUGUACAGACACAUUCUUAAUAAGAGAAGACUCAGGGCUGAAGAGAGCAAGAAGCUGAAUCUUCUGAAGGACCAGUGGAGUGUCAUUGGUUCAGAACAUUCCGACGAAAAAACUACAAACUGUUGAACAGCAGAUUUAUGCUAAUGAAUGCUUAUUACAUAGUAGUUGUAACAUCUUUCUAUCAUACAUGUCCCAAGUUCCGAAGGCUUGGAAAUCUCUUCGUAGAUUGAGAUGAGAAUGUAACUUUUUUCUUGGAUUCGGAAUAUUUUCAGUAUUUGGCAAUGAAUCGUAAUAUUGCUCUUGAUUGGACUAAAGAUUGGAGGGAGGUUUAAUAAAGAAGUAGUACUCACAAGUAUACCUGUGUAGGAAAUGGAAUUCGGUUCGUCGGCGUGCCAACCGAGCCCUUUAAUAACCAGGCUAUUUAACAUUCCGAAAUGCUCAGCCUGUAAGUUACAAAACAUCGUUUAUUACCUACGAGGGCGAACAUAUCUGGGUUCAUAUUUUAAUUCAUACGAUGCCCUAGGGCAAAAUAUCACUUUGUCAUGGUGACGUGACGUCAUGAAUACUCGCUCUCUCUCGGGAAAUACCAACAUUUAGGAACUCGUGUCGUAAACAUAAUAUGACAUUGGCACUCAUAUAAUAUCCUCUGUUUAUGCACCUUUUCACAAACAUCCGGUAAUAUCGCACUUUGAUAGUGAUUCAUUACCACAUGACCAUGAUGUCGUCUAAAUCGUACAAUCGACAAUGCAUUUGGCUGAGAUUUCUUGUUGGUAUGGAAAGGGUUCUGUCGCGUAUAUUCAUUAAGCCUUUAUACUCUAGCAUACCUAAUUCUAGCAUACCGAAUACAUCAAUUGAUGAUUUAGAAGCAUGGACAAUACUGAAAUCCAUAGACCUCGUUUCGUUUUGUGGAGAGUUACUUCCCUUCCCAUAUUGAUCAAAUUUUACUUCCCUUCCCAUAUUGAUCAAAUUUAGAUAUUUUAAAUGCUGUUGACAGAUUACAUGAGUGAGAAAGAAGCCAAAGACACCAUUAUAAUCCUUAUCACAAUGUAUUAUUCACAUUUAUGAAUCUUUGGUUUACCUACACAGUGAUAAAAGACGCUACCAAGAGAUAAAUUUACUUUCGUUAGUUCAGUUUUUUUAUUGUUAGUGCAAAUGUAAAAUGCAGGAUUACCUCAUAUAAAUCCUUUUGACUUUCCACAUGAGGUACGUCUGGUAAAAAUUAUAAGUCGCUGGGGAAUAUUACUUACCACGGCAUCUAUUUACCUACUCUUAAAUGUCCCACUUCAGCUUGACAUGGCUAUUUAGGUAGAUAUCGUAGUGUUUACAAAGGCUGCUUUCCAACGACAAGCUGUGUUUGUAGGAGGAUGGGCAUGAUUACCCACUAUACACAUGACCCGUGAAGAUCCAGAUUAGAAUUGAUCUUCAGCAACCCAUGCCUGCCGUAAGAGGCGACAAACGAUGCUCAUGCUGUUGAUCACUGGAUUGUCUGUUCCAGACUCGGUUAUAUACAGACCGCCGCCAUAUAGCUGGAAUAUUGCUGAGUGCGGCGUAAUACAACAAACCAACCAACACUAUACACAUGACCAUGUACAUCCUACUGUUUGUUUCUUCAAGGCUUCAUGUAUAAAUGGGGCGGUGGGGUAGCCUAGUGGUUAAAGCGUUGGCUCGUAGCGCCGAAGACCCGGGUUCGAAUCCCAUUGGGUACAAUGUGUGAAGCCCAUUUCUGGUGUCCCCCGCCGUGAUGUUGCUGAAAUAUUGCUUAAAGCGGCGUAAAACCAAAUUCAGUCAGUCAGUCAGUCAUGUAUAAAUAUCUGCUCCUGACAAACUAUGUUUCUGUGCUUGCUCUACGUGAACUUACAUCUAUAUUGACAUGGCAAGUUACCCAUUUAUACACAAUAAAAAGCGCCAAUACACACUGAAGAAUACUUCACUUCAGUUAAGCCAAGCAUUGAUUUUGUGAAUGUGUUCUAGCUUGUGUCCUAUUCAAGUUAAAUUGCCACACUGGUUUAUAAUGUUUCUUUGAUUUGGUACAUUUACCAAAAAAUGUCUUCAUUGUGCCUUAGGCAAGUUUCGUUUGUUCGUGAUUGUUCCAUGUUUUUCACAAAACCUGUGCAUUUGCUCAUGAUAUUAAAAAAAUAUGCAAAUUUC